AUGAGUGGUGUCCCUCAAAAGUCUGCAGUGGAACAAGUGCUAUUUAAUAUCUUCAUUAAUGACAUAGAUAAUGAGAUUCAGUGCACCCUCAGCAAGUUUGAAGAUGAAACCAGGCUGAGUGGUACAGUUGGUACAGAUAACAUCCAGAGGUACCUUGGCAAGCUUGAGCAGUGGGCCUCUAUGGACUUCAUGAAGUUCAAAGAGGCCAGGACCGCUCCGGCUGCCGGCUCGCGCGCAGCACUGCCGGAUCCAGCUGAAGCAAUUGUUUUUUCCCCGUGGCUGGUGACACUACCGUAUGACUUUCUUCGCGUGAGACACUACUUGAAAUAUUUUGAUAAAAUGAGAUGCUUGCGGAAACGAUCAGCAGUGUCAUUCUUAGGAGUCCUUGUCAUUUGCUUGCUGUUUAUGAACUUGUACAUUGAAGACGGUUAUGUUUUGGAAGGGGACAAGCAAUUAAUCAGAGAAACAGCCACGCACCAGCUCAACCCAGAACGCUAUGUUCACACUUUUAAAGAUUUAUCUAAUUUCUCAGGAUCUAUAAACAUUUCCUAUCGCUACCUAGCUGGCACGCCUUUGCCAAGAAAAAGGUAUCUUACAAUUGGGCUGUCCUCUGUGAAACGGAAAAAGGGAAACUACUUGCUGGAGACCAUCAAGUCCAUAUUUGAACAGUCAAGUUAUGAGGAACUCAAAGAAAUUGCAGUGGUGGUGCAACUGGCAGAUUUUGACUCAGCCUGGUGUGAGGGGAUGGUCCAGGAUAUUUCACAGAAAUUUGCACAUCAUAUAAUUGCAGGCAGAUUAAUAGUUAUUCACGUCCCUGAGGAGUAUUAUCCUGUACUGGAUGGCCUCAAGAGAAAUUACAAUGACCCAGAGGACCGUGUGAAGUUUCGAUCUAAACAAAAUGUAGAUUAUGCUUUCCUGCUUAACUUUUGUGCUAAUCUUUCUGACUAUUAUGUUAUGCUAGAAGAUGAUGUUCGCUGCUCGAAGAAUUUUUUGACUGCUGUUAAGAAAGUAAUUACCUCUCGAGAAGGAUCCUACUGGGUGACUUUGGAAUUCUCCAAACUGGGAUACAUUGGAAAGCUUUACCAUUCCCAUGACCUCCCACGCCUGGCCCAUUUUUUGUUGAUGUUCUAUCAAGAAAUGCCUUGUGAUUGGCUGCUCAUCCACUUUCGUGGGCUGUUAGCUCAAAAGGAAGUAAUACGUUUUAAGCCAUCUCUGUUCCAGCACAUGGGAUACUACUCAUCUUAUAAAGGGGCUGAAAACAAGCUAAAGGAUGAUGAUUUUGAAGAGGAAUCAUUUGAUAUCCCUGACAACCCACCUGCAAACUUGCACACCAACAUGAAUGUAUUCGAAAACUAUGAGGCAAGCAAGGCUUACAGCAGCAUUGAUGAGUACUUCUGGGGCAAAGCUCCUUCUACGGGAGACUUCUAUGGGAUUGUAUUUGAAAAGCCCAUUAAAAUCAGUAAAAUUAAAGUUGUCACUGGAACUGAAGACCGGCAAAAUGAUAUUUUGCAGCACGGGGCCCUGGAAGUAGGAGAAAAGAUUGUAGGGAGUAAAAAAGGGAGACAAUGUACUACUUACUUGAGACUAGGGGAAUUCAAAAAUGGGAAUUUUGAAAUAACAGAUUUAGAGCACAAAGUUCUGUUUGAUAUUAACUGCAUGAGAAUACUUGUUACCAAAAGUCAAAAAGAAUGGCUGAUCAUUAGGAGUAUUAGCGUCUGGACUUCUCAAACAUCAGUUCAAUAAAUCAAAGCCACCUGAGAAGGUACAGAGUGCGUACAAUCAGCUGGUUCCCAACUGGUGCCAUUCCCCAGAAAAACUGACACCUCCAGCUCUUCACUGGAGACACAGAAAAUGUGGGGAAAUCACAAAACAAGAAAAGCAAUUUAUUUUUUACUAUUUUGGCCAGGCAAUAUACAAACACUUAUUUGUUGAAAAUUUUGAAUUUUAUAAGAAAUGCAAAGUUCUCAAACCUCUUUUGAGAUCUUGAACCCCUUUUUUAUUAUCCUUUCUCUGUAAGAGAGAUCUUCUGGACUAAACAGAACAAAACAACCUAUAAUUACCAAAAGUUGUAAGGCUGUGACCAGUAUGUUGUGAAAAGAAAUUGGAUUGCACCUGAUGCACAUAUAAAUUUAAAAUGUUAUGGUAGUAUGCGUUUGUACAAUAGUUGGUGAUGUGUUUCUUUUAAAGUCAGUUGUGACAAGGAAAUCCGUCCUGAACCUGGCAGUUUCAUUCUGAGGACUGCAAGAAAAUAGUGUGGCUAAUCAUUGCAACAUCUUUUCAAAAGGGAAUGUAUGUAAAAUUAUAAAUCUGACAUGACAACUAUGUAAAAAAUAGAUAAUUGUAUCUGCUAUUCUGUCUCAACAAAUAUCCUUUGUUCUUUUUCCUGGGUCCUUUCACUGAAAUGAGCACUACUUGGAUUCUAUAUUACUUAGGGGACCAAUUUUCUCUCCUUAUUCGAACAAAAUGCCUCACAGUAAGCAAGCAUUCUGCUUGAGUACAGAUGUCACUAUCAAAACCAAGCACCUCAAGGGCAACACUGUUCUCUUAGACAGGCAUCUUAACAGAUUUCAGCUUGAACAUUUUCUGUUCCCUCACAAUAUGCAGAACUCCCCGUGAGAAAUGUGCACAUAGCUGAAUACUGCAGCGUGCUUUCCAAGGACUGUUAUGCCUUCCACAUCUACAUAUCCAGUCACUGUAUUAUACAAACAUAAAGUGUGUCGGGUUAGUCAACUGGAGGUGAAUUUAAUCACCAGAUUUUCCUGGAUGAUCUCUAGCCAAUACAGCAGGUGCAAAACGAAGAAUCCUGAUUCAAUGAAAAAUUAAUAUAUUUCUAAAUUAGGGGGUUUUUUCCUUCUGUUUUCUAAUUCUGAUCAUGUUAGUUUUGUGGACAUCUUCCCACUGCCUCUGAUUAUUCCCUGCAAGCUUCUUUUGCCUGGUUUUAACCAAUAAGCAGAAAAGUUCCCUCAGUUCUCAUGACUUCAGUGUCAGCUCUGCGCUUUUAGUGCAUCACUCUGGGGGGCUAUAUAGCUACAUGAUUUAUACUAUAUGCAUACCUUUGGAUUAGCAGAAUCUAGAGGGGAGGGGUUCCUCUAAGAAAUUCUCCAGACUCUCUCAGAAGACACACUAAGAAAUCCAUGAGUAUCAAGUCUGACACAGAUGAACACUGUAUUGUCAAUCUCAUGAGUACUGUGGUUACCACCUAAUUGCAUGUAUGGGGUUUAGUUAAAUAUGGAAGGCAAGGAUUAAAUUUCAAGAAUGUCUGCACUGUCCAAGAGUGAACUAACUACUGUACUCAGAACAUCCAAACCUGACAUGGCUAUUUCAGAAGGGUAAAUUAUUCAAAAAUCUACACAGAACGGUGAUGCAAUUGCUUUUCCUGGUUCCUAAAUCCUGAUAAAUUCAGGUCCAGGUUUGGCAAAUACCCCAAUACAGAGGCAAGGUACAUUUUAAAUAAAUCUUCUGAUACAUGCUUCUACAUAAUUCAGAAAAGCAUCCUCUUCUCAAAGAAAGUCUUUGAUUCUUUGUUCCUUAAUACACACCUAAAUCUCUGUUCUUCAUAUACAUAUCUUCAAUAAAAUAGAUUAAAUAAAAUAGAUUUCAAACUGAAAAGGAAAAUAAUACCAUUUUUUAAAAGGAAAAAUAUGUACUAAUCUCAAAUGGUUAUACGUACUUAUGAAGGACUUGCUUUUUAACAGUGAUCUUCCAUGGCUUUCAAACAAUUACCUGAUAAUUAGUCAUUAGUCAGCCCAAUUUUUUAUGAACUGUCAUUCUUCUAUUUUUCCUUUCCUUGAUCAUUAACAAUUAGCGUGAAAUAAACACAACAAAGUUAACGAGGAACAUUACCUUUACUUUUUUUCAGAAAUAUUCAAACCAAUCUUCUAAAUUAGAAUGGAAAAUAUAUUCAAUCUCAAGAUUUAAAAUGUUCUUUUAAUCAAAAUCAUACAAAAUGUGAAUGUCUAGUAUAAAUUAAAUGUUCUCAACGUAUGCGUGAAGUAAUUUAAAUGGUAUUUUUGAAUUAGGAGCUGAACAAAAUUGCUUUCUUUUUUUAAAACAACAGUAGUAAUGAGUCUCAUCUUGUAUAUCAUGGCUUGGCAGGAGAAUUCUCAUCUGGAUGUUACCAGCCUGAGAGGGUCAAACUCAGAAAUACGGAGUGCUCUCACAGGAACCUUUCCUUGGGUGUCGAUAAAAGUAUGUGCUGGGAAUGAGAGUCAUGCACCAGUCUUUCUCUUGAAUUUGAGCUGAUUUGGAAAAAUAAUUAACAAUACAUUUAUUCCAGGAGAGGCAAGAAUGUGGUUCUGUUAGCUAGUGUUUUGAGCACUCAUCUUAGUGCAUGGGUCACAGCUGCUCCUUCACACAAUACUCAUUCACAAAACUUCACACAUCCAACUCAUUCACAUGAAAAAGGUUGCCAUAUUUUUUAGGGGAAAAAAACAAUCAAUGAUAACUGGGUUUCAGACAGAUUUCAGAAAGACGUAUUUGAAGAGAUGUUUCUUUCUUCAUGUGCUAAGAAAAUUGGUUGUUCUCUGAAAGCGAAAUAUUUAAUCAGACAUGUAUAUGUUCAAUUAACACUUCUCAAAGUUUGGAUUUUCUUUUUUUCACUGAUGUAGCGAAAGAUUAGCAGUGUCACAAAGCUCCGUUCAUUGGUGUAUACAGUUGGUUCCAUUGGUGUGUGUUUCCUGGGUUCAUUUGUGGACUGAACAUAAAUAUUGUCAUACUGAAAUGCCAAACCUGAAAAUAUUACACCGUGGUCUGCACACUGAUGGAUCUAAUCUUCACUAACAUAUGUUUAUUGUUCCUGCUGGCACAUUUUCAGAUUCCUCAUUGUAUAAUGUCCCUGGGCCUUUUUUUUUCUUUUCUUAACUAAAAGACAGUUUGUCUUCUAUCUUUCUUCACACAGUGUAAUCCCUCUGACAUAGGGAAUUCUUGGGCAGUAAAAUACUACUCACUGUGAAUUAAAAGAAGAAUGGAACCUUCAGUUUAGUGCAAAAUAAACAAACCCAGAAGACAGUGAUUUCCAGGCAAAAGAGUUUUAACAUAUUUGCUAUAUGAUAAAGAUAAUUCACAAAGGUGUUAUCUGAAUGUGUGAUAUUUAGACCAAUGUUCUAACACGAUACUCUGUUUUAGUUUCUGCUCAGUAUUAUCUCAUGUUAGGCACUAAUUUUUUUGCUUUUAUAAAGGGAAAUUCAGAAGUUGUUCACUAUCAAAUUAUUAAAAGUUAAAUAAACAGCAAACUAUAACAUCUUAGAAAAUUUCAUUUUGGAAAACUAUUAAAGGAUAAAAAAAGCAUGGUUAACCAUCUUAAAAACUGCUUUCAUUGUGAAGUGUUUCAGAAAUUCUGAUGGAAAUGAUAGUUCUUACUACUCUCAUGUUAAAUUUGCAGUUCUGUUAGAUUUCAAUAACUAUUUGUCUCUCUCUACUGACUAUGGUGGGAGACUCUGCAAGUAGUUUGGCCAGAACACUAAUUUCCGGGAUAAUUGGAGAUACAGGAGAUCUGGGGUUUUUGCAUGAUUACAUAUAAUAUGUACAAAUCUAGAUAAAAAUAUUUGAUGCAUAUAAACCUUUACAGAUAAUUUCCUGUCAGCAGCACCACUAGUCACAGCAGGGAUAUUCAGUAUCUUCUCCAUAAAUACUAUCUCUCAAUUUCAAUAAAAACAAUAUUUCCAGCUUUAAAAUAAGGAACAUGAAACCCCACCUUCAAUCUAAAGCUUUAUUUAUUACGUUAGUUUAACAAUUAAAUUAAGUACAGAGAAAGAUUAAUUACAAUAACAUUGCCGUAAUAGUAGUUGUUAAAGUGCCAUAAAAUUGAAUUGGCAUCUGGGUAGACACUAGCUUAUUUUUCAGCCACAUUUCUAGAUAUUUUUUCAACUGUCAUACUACCUACUAUAAAUUCUCAAAUAAAACUCCACUUUGUCCUGACAGUUGUAAAAAGGCUCUUAAAAUUCCACAUAUAACUUGAAAGCACUUUAAAUAGGGUUAUAUUGCUAAUUGUACCCUUUGCCAGUCCUUUCCUGGGCUUAUGUAAGAGUUUAAUGAGGAAAGCUCAACAUCAAAAGCUCAUGCUCAUUUCCUCCAUUCAGCUGGUUAAAUAGCUGCCUUCCCUCUUUCUUGCUGUCAUUAACAUUGGGUUUGCUUUUGCCAGUUCAGGAAAAUUUGCAUGGCAGUCAUGGAAAUCUCAGGCUGUGAAUUCUGUCUCAAAGAUACUUUGUUUGUACUUUAUGAAAUGUUCCCAUUUCUUAACAGACACGUACCAUUUUUAGAAAACCAGCACAAGCAGUGUUCAGUUUCUUGGGCUCUCCCUUGGUGUUAUUAGGGUGGGUUUUCUUCCUAGAUAACUGCAUCAAGCACAGACAUUUAAAAAGACAUUACCAGGAAAAAAAACAACUGCUAUGCAAAGGACUUACUUUUAAUUUUUAAAACCAGGUUCAAAGGUUUCUUUGUGAUCAGGCUUUAUCUAUGCCAUGCAAUUUAAGUAGAGGAAAUGAAAAUACCAUGAUGGCAAGAAAAGGUUAAAUAAAUAUUAUGUGUGUAUAUUUCUGUUGUAUGAUUGCACUUUAACUUAUUGUUUAAAGAUGGUUGUUUGUCAGAGUAUCGUCAUUGUAUUAACCCUUUUACAGCAAAAGGGAGUCUCUGAUGGCCCCUAGAACUGGUCUUUUUUACUGUCUCAAUAAAAAUAAUAGAUUCAGCUUUCAAAAGCAUUGCCUUGGGCAUGCACACUGAUGUUGUACACAAAGAACAAUAUUGGCUGUCUGUCCAGCCUGCUGUACUGCAGCACUGGAAUACUUAUGUCUACCAGAGUGGGGGUGGAAAUGUAACAAGGAGCAGUUACUAUCCUUGCUACAGUACCUGUAAUAUUUUUGGAAAUAAAUGUAAGAUAUAAAAAGUCCCCUUGGCUUAAUGCCCUUCUCUUUAACCAUAGUACUAUACAGUUUUCUUUUAAAUGUAGAUAUGACAUUUUCAUUUGUUUAACUUGGGCCAAAAGUGCACAUAACCCAGAGGAAAAAGCACACUUUAAAGGAAAUUUUACAAGUAGUUGUUGUAUAUUUCGCUUUCUCAAAUGUAUGUUCACUUUGUUCUGGUAACCUGGAUGUCAAGUUCUUGCUCAAACUGAUGUUUAGAGCUGCAAUUUAAAAUGUUCUGGGUUUGUGGUUUUUUUCUUAGUAUGCCAUGUACUACUAGGAGCAGAGUUCUUAAGACCUAAGUUAAACCCUUCUGCCAACAGUUGCUGCUACUGGAAGUCCCUGGCUUUGUGCUGAUGCCACUUGGGAUAUUUCAGCUCAUAUGCAACUUUACAGUCUAUUCUGAUGUCAUGUUACACUUUCACCAAUGCAUGCAGGCAUUCCCUCCCUUCCUCUUUAAUUUCAAUACCGAAUAAAUGAACUUCAUGAAUAAAUACUGCCAAACCACUUUCACCUCCAUUCAGGAAACUGGGACUGUUACUGUCAUUUAUUUCUCAGAAUUACUUCCCCACUAUAUUUAAAUGUCACAUCUGCUGAAAAGACAAUAAGCAUGCUCUAAUGAGACACCCUUUAAAGAGAGAAGUGCUAAUUCCUUUUUUUACUGUAUAACUCUAAGGGUUGACUGUGUCAAAAUUACGCGCAUACCUUUUUUACCUUUGUGAAAAUCUCAUAAAGCAAACUGGUUUUGUGAGUCACUCCUGCAAAUGGUUCCUGGCAGCAGUCUGGUUUUGCAUUUACAAAGUGAGCCAGGUUUCUCUCCUCCACAGAGCUGAAUAGCAUCUUUCAAGGAAGAAAAAAAAAGCCCGGAACAGGUCUCCUCCCUAGUGGUCAUCUGCUACCUUUCAAAGACACAAUUUCUUCCGUAUGUUUCCUCCCUUCUCUCCCUCAGAAUAGUAUAUUAAAAUCAACAUGUGGUCUCCCUUCUUCCUGAUACCUGAGCUCGUUCCCAUCUGCACACUCAUAUUUUUCUUUUGGAAAGAGGUAGUUUUAGUUUAUGCAGAAACUCUUAUAUAAAUGACACAACAUAGCCAGCAAAUUUUUUCAAAGGUCUAUUUUAUUUUUUUUUUAAGCAUUCUAAAUGCAAUAUAUUCCCUCAAAGGAGAUAAAUGGUUGCUCAAGCAUAUUUUUGUUAACUGCUCCUCACACAAAACCAAACAAAAAGACAGGUAAGGCCUUUUAGGUAAGUAAGUGUGUGCACGUGUGCGUGUGUGAACAAAAAAGUUGCAAAAAACCACAUCUAUAGCUGCCUUAUGCACCAAAGACUUUAAGCUCUCUGGCUAAGGAGAGGAACCAUUUCUUGAUCAAAGCAGUGUGUCAGAAAUAAUUUGGACAUUAACUUUUCUACUGUUAAUCACUCUUUCUUCUGAUACUAAGCCAAUUCCAUAGAAUAUAAACUCUUGGGUAAUAUCUCUUGCCAA